AUGAUAAUCAACAGUGGACUAGACAUAACCCGGUGUGUCUCUCAAGCAUAUGAUUGCGCCAGCGUCAUGAGCGAUAUCAAAGAAGUAAUUGGACUUAUUCAAGCUAUUUAUAAUUAUCAAAGUCAGUCUGUACGUAGGAGUGAAUAUUUCAAAGACGCUCAAGCAAUGAUCGGAUACGAUAAAAUUUUGGAGCUACCAAAAAGUUGUGAUACGAGAUGGUCAAGUCAAAAGAAUGGGAUAUCAUAUUUCCACAAUCGGCUAGAUUCUGUAAUCUUGGCGUUGGAAAAUAUUUCUGAAAAUGGAAAACCUGCUGAUCUUGCAGAAUGCAAAGGAUUUCUUCAUCAACUGAAAUCAUUUCGAACACUUCUACUAAUUGUCAUUUUGGAUCAAGUUCUUGGACAUACAAAUGCACUUUCAGAAUAUCUUCAGUGUUCAGAUCUUGUUUACACACGUGCCAUUAAUUUAUGUGAAGCUACUAUCACCACGCUAUCAGAAAUGAGGAAUGAAUUGAUGUUCAAUGAUCUCUGGAAGUCAGCUGAGGCUCUUUCGCAUAAAGUUUUUGUCGAGGUUCCAGAUCCAAAUUGUGUGCCAGUCUCCAAGCGAAGAAAAACUGUUAGGUCAAAAUACUUGAUAGACUCAUUUGUUUGUGCUACUACAGGAAGCAGGUGUACCGAAGCCGGAACAAUUGAACAAGAAUUGAGAGGAGUGUAUUACGAGGUGCUUGAUCGUUUCAUCCAGGAAAUGAAAAGACGACUAAUGGAUUACUCGGAAAUUCUAAGGGGUCUCUCGGCGUCCGACCCACUAAAUGAAGACUUUCUCAAUGCAGAAAAAGUACUGAAUUUUUGUGCGUCAUUUAUCAGAUUCAAUUUUAAUGUAGAUUCACUUAAAGCUCAACUUCCCGUUGCCAGGAAUUUAAUCAAGGCAGAAAAAAUCGAUCGAACGACAAAGUGUUACGAGUACUUACAGUUCAUGAGUGACGGCUUUCCUGAUCUGAUAAAGUACUUCGCUCUGGUUUUAACCUUUCCAGUCUCCAGCGCUACUGCGGAACGUAGUUUUAGUACACUAAAUCGAGUCAAGUCGUUUCUUCGAACAACAAUGCAGGAAACAAGGACCUCAAGUUUGACAAUUUUGUCCACCAAUCGGGACCUGAGUUCAAAAUUAAGAGAAAACCCUAUGAUUGUAGUGGACGAAUUUGGAAAAAAUCCUAAAAGGAGGCUGGAAUUUCUUCUGUAG